UCUGGACUUCAUGUUCCUCACGGAAACUUGGCUUUCUCCUGGUGAGCUGUCUGUUUUCUCCGAACUUUUACCGGUGGAUUGUACAUUUUUUAACACUCCCAGGCUGUCUGGAAGAGGAGGAGGYGUGUUGACUGUUUUUAAGAAACUCUGGAACUGUAGACUCUUACAGGCAGCAGCUUUUCAGACUUUUGAGUUGCUGCAUUUCGAACUGGGCCGCUCUAACCCCUUGCUGUGUGCGGUGAUCUACAGAUCACCUAAAACCACCAGAGGCUUCAUCAGUGAACUCUCAGAUUUCCUGACUGGAAUAUUUUUGAAAUAUGACAGAGUUUUGAUUUUAGGUGAUUUUAAUUUACACGUUUGUUGCCCUGACAAGCCGUUGGUUCAUGACUUUCUAAAUCUAAUUCACUCUUUCAACCUGGUACAAAAUGUUGUUGGUCCAACUCAUCAACAGGGUCACACACUGGAUCUGGUUCUGUCCCAUGGUCUAUCUGUGUUAAAUCCUGAGAUUGGUGAUGCUACUGUUUCUGAUCAUAAACACAUCUUUUUUGAAAUAUCUCUUUCUCAUGCGCCAAAAUCUCCGGCCCCAGCCAGGAGCUGUCGCAUAUUUAACAAUUCAACUGCUGCUCUUUUCUCAUCUGCGUUCACUUCUACUGCUGGUAUAGCCCGCGAAACCUCUGCCUAUGACAGUACUCAGGAGCUGCUUAGUAGCCAUAAUGAGACCUGCACUAAGA